CCGAGUGAGUCAACGACAUCGGAUCCGUGUCAAUCUGACGGGUCGCCAGAUCGCCCAUGUACUCACCAGAUGCGUGAAGAGGGCUGCCACAAGGAACCGAAGUACAUCAUCUUUGAGUCGUGCCUCCAGAGUCUCGUCAAGUGGUGUCACUGUCCAGUCUGUGGCAGCCAGGACAUAAGCCCUUCUUGGGAUUCGAACGGUACACAGCUGACCAUGACUCUUCAAUGUGCAUCAUGUGACCAGAGGAGUAGUUGGAGCAGCCAGCCAAACAUUGGCCCUUAUGCCGCGGGCAACAUCCUGCUGUCUGCUGGCAUCCUCUUCGCUGGGGCAUCUUCUGGCAAGGUGUUGCAAGUGCUGAACAGCAUCGGAGUGGUCACGUAUGUGAAGAGGACAUUUUUCAACCACCAGGAGCUCAUCCUGCAGCCAGCCAUCAAAAAGGUGUGGGAGGAACAGCAACGGACGCACCUCACCAUGCUGCAGGUGGAAGGCCGACCCCUCGUCCUUGGUGGUGAUGGGCGAGCAGACAGUCCGGGACACAGCGCCAAGUUCGGUACCUACACCACAAUGGAGCUUGUGGCCAAUGUGGUUCUCGACCUUCAGGUUGUACAGAGCAACGAAUGUCUUGGCAGCUACCAUAUGGAGAUGGAAGGACUGAAGAGGAUGGUGGAACUGCUGAUCAGCUGGGACCUGGAUGUCGGGGUGCUGGUGACAGACCGACACAGACAGAUCGCUAAAUGGAUUCGUGAAAACAUGCCCAAUACACGGCACUGCUAUGACAUCUGGCAUGUUGCAAAAUCCAUCGGAAAGAAACUGAAGGCCAUCGUCAAGCAUAAGGACUGUGAAGACCUGAAGCCUUGGGUGCAAAGUAUAAUCAACCACCUCUACUGGGCAGCAGUGUCUACACCGCCUGGAGAGGGGGAACUUCUGGUUGCCAAGUGGAAGUCUGUGGAGCGACACAUUCAGAACAUCCACAAGGACCAUGGCGACCUCUUCCCAAUUUGUACUCAUGGACAACUGCAACGGCAAAAGAAAUGGCUCAAACAAAGUUCACGCUCAGCAGUGAAACUGGAGGAGGUGGUCAACAACAAGUCCCUGCUAAAAGAUAUCGCCAUGCUGUCGGGUGAACCCCAGACUUCCAAGGAGGAGGCGUUCCAUAGCCUUAUCAUACAGUUCGCACCGAAAAUGUAUGUCUUCUCAUACAUCGGAAUGCUGUGCAGGAACCUGCUUGCUGGGCUGCACUGGAACGAAAAUUCGAGCCGCCCUAUAGCCACUACACAAGCGGGUGCUGAGCGCUAUGCAGUACGCUACCCGAAGUAUAAAGCAGGGGGCCAUGUGGUCAAGAAAAUCGCGACAGAGCCAACAUACCGCUACGUAGAUGACUUGAUCAGGGAGGUUGUUGCUGGCUGCAGACAGACCCCUGACGAGAGAACACCACUCAGCGUCACUGUGGAUGUGCCUCCCUUCCUCUGCGAUGAACUGGAGAAGCCAGACAAGGAGGAAGCCAUCGUCAAGCACAGGAGUCGCUUCGGUAAGUGUGAAAUGCCCUCCCGGUAACAGUUGGAGAUGCUACCUCAGUAGAAGCAUUUAAGUCCCAUCUUAAAACUCAUUUGU